UUGAACAACAACUCGAAGCUCGAACACGUAUCCACUUAUUCCUCGCAAUGGCCAACCCUCCCCUUUCUGCACCUCUCUAUGAUCGAAUCAGUCGUAGAAACAACAUAUCCAGAGCUAUUGAACUCAUCAUCCUCUUCCUUCUCUUCUCUCUCCUACUCUAUCGUCUUCUCUCCCUCAAAGAUCAUGGGUUCACUUGGGUUUUGGCUCUAUUGUGCGAGUCAUGGUUUACUUUCACUUGGGUUCUCGUUAUUAGCACCAAAUGGAACCAAGUUGACUACUUGACUUACACAAAACGUCUCUUGCAACGGAAGCUUGAGCUCCCCCCUGUGGACAUGUUUGUUACAACAGCAGAUCCUGCCCUAGAACCCCCUAUCCUCACAGUGAACACUGUACUAUCUCUGUUAGCUGUUGAUUAUCCAGCUGAUAAGUUGGCUUGCUAUGUAUCUGAUGAUGGGGCUUCACCUCUCACCUUCUACUCUCUUGUUGAAGCUUCCAAAUUUGCAAAGAUUUGGGUUCCAUUUUGUAAGAAGUACAACGUUCAAAUCAGAGCUCCCUUUCGAUUCUUCUCUGUUAAAUCUACAUCACCUCAAGAUGUUUCACUAGAGUUCCAACAAGAAUGGAAAAAGAUGAAGGAUGAGUAUGAAAAGCUUAGCCAAAAAAUUGAAGAUGCUUCCAAAAGGUCCCAACCUUGUGAACUUACGGGCGACUUUGCUGAUUUCACAAAUAUACAACGCAAAAACCACCCCACUAUAAUUAAGGUUAUAUGGGAGAACAAGGAAGGAGUAUCCAAUGGAGUGCCACAUGUUAUCUACGUAUCCAGAGAGAAGCGUCCAAAGCAUCUACAUCAUUUCAAGGCUGGCGCUAUGAAUAUUCUGACAAGAGUAUCAGGAGUGAUAACAAAUGCACCAUUCAUGCUGAACUUAGACUGUGAUAUGUACGUUAAUAAUCCUCAAAUAGUGGUUCAUGCAAUGUGUUUACUGUUGGGAGUCACCGAUGAAAGGGACUGUGCAUUUGUUCAAUCUCCUCAAAUCUUCUAUGAUGGAUUAAAGGACGACCCUUUUGGCAAUCAAAUGGUGGUUUUGUUCCAUUAUAUGGGACAUGGAAUAGUAGGGAUUCAAGGACCCUUCUAUGGAGGAACUGGAUGUUUUCAUAGGCGUAAAGUAAUCUAUGGUUUAUCUCCUGAUGACAAUGAUAUAACGAGAAAAUUAAGCAAGGAGGCUUUGCUCGAGACUUUUGGAAGAUCAAUGGAAUUCACCAAAUCAGCUGCUAACAUAUUGUCAGGCCUUUGGACAAGUAGUAUUAGUCCUAACAAUAUUUCAAGUUGCAUAGAGACAGCCCACCAAGUUGCUGGUUGUGACUACGAGUAUGAUAGCAGCUGGGGGUUGGCUGGAUGUAUGGAUCUACAGCAGAAGAUACCCUUACUGGACUUACCAUCCAUGGGAGGGGUUGGAAAUCUACCUUUUGUUCACCUAACCCACCUGCAUUUCUUGGGUGUGCACCCCCAGGUGGACCUGCAACUAUGAUCCAACAGAAGAGAUGGGCUACUGGGCUCCUUGAAGUCUUGUUCACCCCAAAAAACCCUUUUAUUCUUACCCUCAAUGGGAAGCUCCAGUUCCGCCAAUGCUUGGCUUACACGUGGAUUAUACUAUGGGGCCUCCGAUCCAUUCCUGAGCUAUGUUACGCUGCUCUGUCGGCCUACUGUCUCAUCACUGACUCACAUUUCAUGCCCAAGGUUGGAGAACCAGUCAUAUUUAUACCCAUUGCCCUUUUUGCCAUCUACAACCUCUACACUCUCUCUGAGUACCUUCGCAUUGGCCUUUCAACCCGCGCAUGGUGGAAUAACCAGAGAAUUUGGAGGCUAAACACCAUGAUUGCGUGGUCAUUUGGAGUCUUAAGUGUUCUGUUGAAACUCUUAGGACUAUCAGACACCGUGUUUGAAGUAACACAAAAAGAUCAAUCAACUAAUGUCGAUGACAACAAUGCCAAUGCCGGAAAGUUCACAUUCGAUGACUCCCCAAGUUUCGUCCUCGGUACCACCAUUCUGCUGGUGAACUUGACUGCGUUGGCUAUUGGAUUGUUAAGGUUCCGAUUGGUGGGUGGCGCUGGAAAUGGGUCCGGGAUAGGGGAGUUCAUAUGUAGUAUGUGGGUGGUGCUAUGCUUUUGGGCAUUUUUGAGAGGGCUAUUUGGGAAAGGGAAGUAUGGCAUUCCCUCAUCCAUCAUAUACAAGUCAGGGGCUUUGGCAUUAUUGUUUGUGCAAUCGUGUAAAUGGGUCUAAGUUCAUACCCUUAUAUUUUGUUUUGUGCAUUUAGCUUUUUCCAAUGAAAGCUGAAUGGGUUCAAUUUGAUACUUAGGACCUGAAACUUGAGAAAUAUGAAUUUAAAUUUUGAAGUAAUAGAAGUGAACCUUUGAAGUACAACUUUUGGUUACUAAAAAGGAAAAUGCUAAAAGCAUGAAAAUUUUCAA